GGCUGCGUCCUUCAUCAGCGUGUUUUGGUUGUAGCCCCAAACAAUGUCGAAACAUGUCAACAUGAGCGGCGUGUUCAAGUUGUCGACACAGUGAUUUUGUUCAUGGUGAAAGGGGAAAACUGGAGCUUCACACAACAUGGACAGACGAGAGUUUAUAGCAUCGCUUGUGGCUGGAGGCUGUGCAGGGAUGUGUGUCGACCUCACACUCUUCCCUCUGGACACCAUUAAGACGCGUUUACAGAGUCAGCAGGGCUUCCACAAGGCCGGGGGAUUCAGGGGCAUCUACGCCGGCGUGCCCUCUGCUGCCGUGGGAUCUUUUCCAAACGCUGCUGCGUUCUUCGUCACGUAUGAAAGCACCAAGUCGCUGCUCUCUGGCUGUUUCUCGGCACGCAUGGCUCCAGUCACACACAUGCUCGCAGCGUCGCUCGGAGAAAUCGUUGCGUGUCUGAUCCGAGUCCCGACAGAAGUGGUGAAGCAGAGAACUCAGGCCUCUCCCUCUCUUCACACACACCAUGUCCUGUUAGCCACUCUGCGUGAGGAGGGGGUCCGGGGACUCUACAGGGGAUUUGGCAGUACAGUACUCAGAGAGAUCCCGUUCUCUUUAGUGCAGUUUCCUCUCUGGGAGUAUUUAAAGACUCUGUGGUGGAGGAGGCAGGGGAAACGGCUCGAGUCUUGGCAAGCUGCAGUGUGUGGAGCGGUUGCAGGCGGUGUAGCAGCGUUUGUUACGACCCCUCUGGAUGUGGCCAAGACGAGGAUAAUGCUGGCUAAGCCUGGUACUUCCACGGCCAGUGGAAACAUCCCUCUGGUUCUGUACGAGGUGUGGAAGUGUCGAGGCGUGUUUGGGCUCUUCGCCGGCAGCAUCCCCAGGAUGACCUUCAUCAGCGUGGGCGGGUUCAUCUUCCUCGGAGCUUACGAGAAAGUGCGCCGCAUGCUCCUACAGGACUUUUGACCCUGAUGUCGGCCAUAAGUAAAUGACCCAUAAAUCUACCAGCUUGGGGGAAGGUUAAAGGUCUUGUACAGGGGUGCUGGCACACCUGGCACUCGAGGACUCGCCAGUGGAUCAUAGUACACUGGAAUUUGCCUUCCUGACUAUCGGUGCACAGCAUAUUGAUUUGAACUACCCAGGUCCCAGGUAUUUUACAGCGUGAUUGUUUUUCAGACAGCGCUGCUGAUCAUGUUUGGCCUGGAAAUGUGCUGGUGCUGCACAUAUUAAGAGCUAUUAAAAGUGUUCUAU